CAGUUCCGUCUAUUCUUAACACGCCGAAGAAACGUGUGGUUUGGACUCGGAGUCGGGACUGACAGAGGAAGUGAAACAUUUCAUCCCUGGGAAUGACCACAAGCCGUGGGCGGAACAAGUCGAGUUUGUAACCGUUUCACCACUUUUCAUUAACAGCUUUCAUUGAGCUGAAGAUGGACAGACUUGAGCGUGUCUGAUGUGGAGGACAAGAGGGCAACAGCUGUCCGGCUAACGUUAACCCCGCUAGCAGACAGUCUGCAUAAAUCAAGCCCUGCUCUUAAACAUCACUGAAACACAACAACAGACAAAGACACAUCGACAGCAUCAUGAACGAUGAUGUGAUGUUAAAUGUACCGGUCAUCCGGCAGCUGUACCACUGGGAUUGUGGCUUGGCCUGUUCGAGAAUGGUACUAGAGUAUUUACAUCCGGUUAGUGAGGAGGAAUUUCAGAGAGCGUGUUUGGACUUGGAGAUCACAGAAAGCGUGUGGACUAUUGAUCUGGCUUAUCUCAUGUGUAAGCUGGGGGUCAGACAUUGCUUCUACACACAGACACUCGGUGUAGACAAGGGCUUCAGGAAUCAGUCUUUCUACAAAAAACAUUUUGACACAGAGGAGGACAGGGUGAAUGAACUAUUUCUGAGGGCUGAAAGCAAAGGAGUCCUUGUGAAAAAAUGCUCUGUUAAUAUUCAGGAGAUCCAGAGCCACCUGGAGCAGGGUCAUGUGGCCAUAGUGCUGGUCAACGCAGUCGUGUUGGUGUGUGAGCUGUGCUCCAUGCCUGUUAAAUACUGCUGUUUCCUUCCUGUGGGUCAGAAGUGCUUUUGCAGGAAGCCGGAUUACCAGGGCCACUUUGUAGUGGUGUGUGGAUUUAACCGCAGAACCGGCAGCAUCUUCUACAACAAUCCCGCCUACUCGGACCGUAUGUAUUGUGAAGUUUUGACAUUAUCCUUAAAAACACCACAAUUCUUUCACAUUUUUCAAUGCAAAACAUUAAAAAACACACAUAAAACCAUUGAAUAUGGUUAAUUAUGAAUUCAGAUAUUUAAAUAAAUGUAUUUGUGUACUUUUGAAUUGAUGACUUUCUAAUGUAAUUAAGUAUAUAUUUAUUUUUAAGUUUUCAAAUACUUUUUUGAGGCUACUUAUAUCUUAGAACAAACAGCCUUAUUUAUUAUAGUGUAUAUUAUGAUUAAUUUUAAAUGAAUAGUUCACCCAAAAAUAAAGUUAUGCUGAAAAUGUACUCACCCUCAGGUCAUCUAAGAUGUGGAUGGAUUUAUUCAUCAGAACAGAUUUGGAGAAAUGUAGCAUUACAUCACUUGCUCAUCAAUGGAUAUUCAUUUUUGGGUGAACUAUUCCUUUAAUAAUACAGAAUCUCCACAGAUGGCAGUAACAUUAAACCUGUGUCUCAUUUAUGCCCAUCUCUUUGAUUGGCAGGUGUGUGCUGCACAAGCUUUGGUAAUUUUGAGGAGGCCAGAAGAAGCUAUGGAACUGACGAGGACAUUCUGUUCAUCUACAAAGACGGUUGAUUCAUGAUCGCUUCUGAAUGAACGCAUGCACGUUCAAAACCCCUUCUGCAUCCACUGUGGUUGGAUUUGGUAGCAUUUUUGCCAACAGGGACCAGCGCUGCUGGCCAAUAGCAGAUAGUAUGUUUCACCUCUGACUAUGGUCUUCAAUAGAGCUAUUGCAUCGCACAAAACAUUACUAUUGUGCUACAUCGGCCACAGAAUGAAAUGUUCAUGAAAGGAAAGGGAGAUGCCAUGUAUAUGUAACUCAUUACUGUGAUGUGGACUCAUAUUUUCAUCUAUAGUUCAUAUGAUUUCUAUAAUCUCUGCCACUGUAAGAGGUGGAGUGUACAUAAUGUUUGUCAUUCAUGUAAAGAUAAAGAUUUUGUUUGUUCAGGGUAACCUUGCAAAAUCAUGGGGUUGUGUUGAUUUUUCUUUUUUUCUUGGAAGCCACUUAAGAAUACAGUGAAAGUUUUUAAUUAUUGUACAAGAGGGAAGCUGUUUUUAAAAACUCAGGUAAGAUUUGAUAAAUC